AUGAGGGAUGAGCUAGAAAGAACUCGGGAAGAGUUACGACGACACCAACAAAGAAAUCAAGUUCAGGAUCGACAAGAAGUUGUUGGGGAUAAUGGAGCUAGAGUCAAUCAGGUUAACCGGGUAGUCAUGCCUCGCAAUGAAGGAGGUUGUUCAUUCAAAACAUUCCUAAGUUGCAAACCACCUGAAUUCGAAGGAAGUACAGAACCAACCGAGAGCCAAAGAUGGAUUCGGGGGAUGCAGCAGGCGUUUGAUUCGUGUGACUGUGAUGAUGCUCACAAGGUGGUAUAUGCUAUACGGAUGCUGAGAGGGAAAGCUUUGGAUUGGUGGGACACUGUUAGUGCUGCUUUGGGGCAAGAAGCUGUUAACAACUUGACUUGGGCCAUGUUUACAGAAAGGUUUAAUGAAGAUCAUUGCACUAGGAGGGAUCGAAACAAGAUGAUAGAAGAAUUUCUGACUUUGAAAAAGGGCGACAUGACUAUAGCUAAGUUCGCUAGUAAAUUUGUGGAAAAACUCAAGUUUGCUCGGAAAGUUGCACCAGAUGAGGAAGAAGUAGUGAAUCGUUUCCUAGCGGGUCUACCUACUGCCUACAUGCCUGCUGUACGAAGAGCCAGGACCUUAAAUGAAGCUAUUCAGGAAGCAAAAGUUGUUGAAGAUGAUCUUAUUUUAGAGGAACAAGAAAAGAGAGCCCGGGAAGAAAAGAAGGUUAGUGGAGAGAAGAGAAAAUGGGAUGGGCAAUCAGGAUCUUCCAACAAGACUAGAUCAGAGCAAACUAAGAAAGAUACAGAGGCACGAAGACAAUGGAGUUGGUGCUCAAGUUGCAACUCAAUGCACACCGGGAAAUGCACUAAAGAAACUCAAAGAUGUUUUCGAUGUGGAGACAAAGGACAUUUAGGAAAAGAAUGUACGAGCAAAGAUCCAUUGUGUUACACCUGUAGGAAAAUGGGACACAUUAGUACUGAUUGUCCCCAAAAGAAAGAUGACAGAAUUGGUGGAGGGAAUAGAAAGAAGAAUGAUCCUCCUCGAAAUAAGGGAAGAGUUUUUCAGUUGACUGGCAAAGAAGCAAUUUAA